ACUUAUUUGGCCUUUUUGGAUUUCGACUGUAAUGUUCUCAUUAUCACUGUUCGUGCCGGCAUUCAUCCUGCGGAAACCUUCAAUUUGGAAGUCACUGACCGGCUAAAAACAUCUCGCCAGUCUCGGCGAGGUACUCAUGACAACGCUACAACAGAAGGCCUUCAUAGUAUAGACUCCCCAUUCUAUAUUCCAGAUGCGCCUCUUCCCUGGCCCUGCCGAGACGAUGAAGACUCUGAUUGA